CGCUGUGAAAAUGCAACCCGUUUGUAAGUCAGUCACGCGAAGAAGACGAGCGAGCGUUUCAGUAGCGACCAAAAAUGUCUCACACUUUAUUCAAUUUUAUUGAUGCUCGAGACAAAUUCACGUCUUCUGCCAAACAUGCUGUUACUACAAAGAACAGCAAGCACUUGGUCAAUACUUUCAAUCAGAUCCCGGGGAACGAGACGGAGAAGAAGACCACCCUGGACCAGUCUCUCCGGGUGGUGCUGGGUGACCAGAUCGUCGAGCAGAAGUCGAGUUGUGAGGAGUACCUGUCCGUCAUCGACCUGAGCAUCGACGCCGUCACACAAGGCAUCUGCCCCGCCACCACGCCCUUCAUCCUGCUGGCCGACGUCCUGGACUGCCUCCCUCUCGACCAGUGCGACGUCAUCUUCUCCUUCGUGGAGGACAACGUCUCCACCUGGAAGUCGAGCUCCUUCUACACGGCAGGGAAGAACUACCUGCUGAGGAUGUGCAACGAUCUCCUGAGGAGGCUCUCCAAGUCCCAGAACACGGUCUUCUGCGGCCGCAUCCAGCUCUUCCUGGCCAGGCUCUUCCCUCUGUCGGAGAAGUCAGGUCUGAACCUGCAGAGUCAGUUCAACCUGGAGAACGUCACCGUCUUCAACAAGAACGAGCAGGAAAGCACUCUGGGACAGAAGAGCACGGAGGAGAAGGAGGAGGGCAUGGAUGUGGAGGAGGGAGAGAUGUGGGAGGAGGAGGCCCCGGCGCCGUGCUCCAUCCCCAUCGACUACAACCUCUACAGGAAGUUCUGGACCCUGCAGGACUACUUCAGGAACCCGGUGCAGUGUUACGACAAGUUCUCCUGGAUGACCUUCCUGAAGUAUUCCGACGAGACGCUGGCCGUCUUCAAGAGCUACAAGCUGGACGACAUGCAGGCGUCCAAGAGGAAGCUGGAGGACCUGAGGGCGUCGGGCGAGCACGUCUACUUCGCCAAGUUCCUCACCAGUGAGAAGCUGAUGGACCUGCAGCUCAGCGACAGCAACUUCCGGCGACACAUUCUCCUGCAGUAUCUCAUCCUGUUCCAGUACCUGACGGGUCAGGUCAAGUUCAAGAGCUCCAGCCUGACGCUGAACGACGACCAGGCGGCCUGGAUCGAAGACACCACCCGGCUGGUGUACCAGCUGCUCCGAGAGAUCCCACCGGAGGGAGACAAGUUCGCCACCAUGGUGGAGAGGAUCCUGAAGACGGAGGAGAACUGGAAUUUCUGGAAGAACGAGGGCUGUCCCAGCUUCGUGAAGGAACGGCCCGUGGACGACAAGCCCAAGAGGCCCACCAGGAAGAGACAGGCGCCGGAGGACUUCCUGGGCAAAGGGCCCGACCGCAAGAUCUUCAUGGGAAACGACGAGCUGACCCGACUGUGGAACCUGAUCCCAGACAACAUGGAGGCCUGCAAGUCGGAGAGCAGAGAGUUCAUGCCGUCGCUGGACGAGUUCUUCGCCGAAGCCAUCGAACAGGCCGACCCGGUCAACAUGGUGGAAGAGCAGUACAAGGUGGUUCGGAACCCCAACUACGGCUGGCGGGCGCUGCGGCUCUUGUCCAGGAGAAGCCCUCACUUCUUCCAGCCCAUCAACCAGAAGUUCAAGUGUCUGGCCGACUACCUGGACAGCAUGGUCAGCAAGCUGGCCAAGGAGCUGCCGAAGGACAUUCCCUCUGAGGAGAUCAAGACCGGAGAAGAGGAGGACGACGAGAACGGGGACAACCUCCUGAAAGAGAGCAACGACAGUCCCAGCAUCCAGAGCAAACUGGUGACCAACCAGCAGAUGGACGAGCUGGCGGCCAAGCUGGGCGGCGAGUGGAGGACGCUGGCCACGAAGCUGGAGAUGAGGGCGUCCGAGCUGAGGGAGAUCGAGACGGACGGCGAGGACGUGGAGAUGCAGGCCAAGCUGCUGCUGGUCACCUGGCAGGACCGCGAGGGGACGCUGGCCACCGUGGAGAACCUGGCCGCCGCUCUGGGCGCCGCUGGCUUCGCCCACAUGGCCGACACGCUGCUGGAGGCUUGAUGAAGACCGCACUGUGUUUUUACUGCAGACCUGAAUAAAGCAGAUGAUUUUCCUA